CUUUCUGAAACCCUUCUGUGGGGUUAAACUGGCUGAGGCUGCGUCGGUACGCGUUAGUGUGCGUGUAUAUUUAGUGUGAUCGCUGUCUUUAACCACAUCCUGCCUCCGUGUGACAAAGAGAAGAGAGAAGAGAAUAAGGAGAAGAGCUGCUUCUCAUCUGGUGGCUCGUCGUUGGACUGGGUGCUGUUGUGACUGGGUGCUGGUGUGACUGGUUCUGGUGUGACUGGUUCUGGUUCCUGCUGAGAUGUCUCUCCUGCCGCCCGUUGUGGGCCUGUUGCUGCUGCUCUCUCUGCCCGCCGCUGCAGCGGGCAUGACGAUGUACGACCCCAGACUCUGCUACAUCCUGGACGGCUUCCUCGCCGGGUACGGCCUGGUCAUCACCGGACUCUACCUUAAGGAGAAGUUUUUCACUUCCAAGAAGAAGAAAGACAAAGAAAACCUCUUCUCGAACCGCACCCAACCAGAACAACAUUACCAACCAUUGAAGAAGCGGGACCCAGAUGCUGAUUACAAUGAACUACCUCUGAAACGAGAACGCCAAAGGAAGAACGAUCAACAGGUUUACCAGGAUCUGAAUCUGGGCAGGGACAGAGACACCUACAACACCCUACCGAUGCAACCCCUAGCUGCUGCCAGCCGCUAAAUAACCACGCUCAUGAACGCACCGCUAGACCGCUAAAUAACCAGGCUCCUGAACGCACCUCCAGACCGCUAAACAACCACACUCCUGAACGCACCUCCAGACCACUAAACAACUGCGCUCCUGAACGCACCGCCAGACUGCUGAACAACCACGCUCCUGAACGCACCGCCAUACUGCUAAACAACCACGCUCCUGAACGCACACCAGACCGCUAAACAAACACGCUCCUGAACGCACCGCCAGACCGCUAAACUACCAGGCUCCUGAACGCGCCGACAGACCCUUAAACAACCACGCUACUGAACGCACCUCCAGACCGCUAAAAAAACACGCUCCAGAACGCACCGCCAUACCGUUAAACUACCAAGCUCCUGAACGGACCUCCAGACCGCUAAACAACCACGCUCCUGAACGCACCGCCAGACUGCUAAACAACCACGCUCCUGAACGCACCUCCAGACCCUUUCACGCCCAACGAGCUGAGAUACUGUAGCCAUGAAAUCUGCUUUCCUGAGAUGUUAUUUGAAUAACUGAAUUUAAUCUUGAUAUUGUGGUAAUAUUAUGUUCUUUAUGUCAACAGUUUUUUGCUAUGAUAUACUUCAGUUUAUUGAUUUUAUUAGUUCCUUAUAUUAUUUCAUGCUUAAUACAUUCCUAUUUAUAAAUACAUUUAGGAUGUCCAUUUUCAUUUUUCGUUUAUUUGGAUUUUCUCAAACUGCGUAAACAUAAAAAUUAAGAAACCCUUUAUGUCUGUCUGCCAUCAUGCAAUAUUGAAUUAAAUACAUAUUCGUACGCCAGUUCCAAAUCCA